UUCUCAUCCGGUGGGUCAGAAUCCAAAAGUGGCUCGUGGACAGCUGGUGAAAAAUUACUGGGGCUGAUUGGUUUACAACAUUGUGGUCAUCAUUUUAAAAAAAAAACACACACACAUUAUUUAGCCAAGCAUGCGUUGGAAAUGUUAUUACUUGAGAGUAUAACGGAUGCUACGGAUGUACAGUAUUCAUGUUGGGAUUUUUUGGGAGACGGUACUGAGGCGUACAGCGUCCCAUCACUGAACAUAUUGGGUCCAGGGGCAGGAAGUGUAAGUGCCUCGCCCACUAACCACUAGUUCAGAAAAUUCCAAAUUCAAAAACAAUUCAGUGCAGCUCAACCUCUGGCUGGAGGACAGCACGCAUCGCAUGAUGUCUUUGGCAGUACGUCAAGCUUAUUUGAAAUGGCGUCUCACCAACGCGGCGCAAAAGAGGCUAUUUUCAAAACACAUCUUCUUUUUCUUUCUUUCUUUCUUUCUUUUUCCGCUUCUUGGAGAAUUUCCGACAAGACAAGUUAUGUCAUUAUUUUUGAUGUAACAAAAGCACUUCCAAGAAAACCAGAGGCCGAAAAGGUACAGUAUAAAAAUAGCAAAGGGAGGCCAAACAAAAACAGCAAAUUGUCCCUUUAAGUGGACAAUUACAGUAUAUUUUUUUUUUUCAAUUGAUUUGUAACAUGACUUGCAAAUUUGGUCGCGGUUUUCCAAAAUGAAAGCAACUAAUCCAGUCGUUCAAUUACAGGAGCCUAGUAAGCCUAAGUGGUCAGUGGCAUUCCUAAAAACUACAACGUCAAUUCCGAUGAAGUUGGGACGUUGUGUUAAACAUCAAUAAAAACAGAAUACCAUGAUUUGCAAAUCACGUUCAACCUCUAUUUCAUUGAAUACACUACAAAGUAUUAUUAUUUAUUUCAUCUUCAAACUGAUCUAGAGUAUCUGACUACAUUUAAUACUGCAUUAUUGUCGGCCACUAUAACAUCGUGCAGUUUGAACAUUAGCACUGCACUUAAAGAGAGUCAAAUAAGAAGAAGAUAUAAAUAAUCUCCAAAUCCAUUUUUUCAACGAUACUUAUUCAACUAUUCUUCAAUUAAAAUGUCUCACACAUGAAGGGUCAACACAAAUUGUACCUCAGCAAAAAGUUGAAAACAAACCCUUCUUGAAUAUGAAAUGCAAAUGUUUUGAAGUUGAACGUUAAAUCCAACUGAACUGAACUUGGGCAGCAGUCACUUUAUGAGAAUUGCUGUCCCAGAUGAAGAAAGAGAAAUCCUGAGCGGCAUUACACACAUUCCCAGGAGAGACCAACACCUCGCGUGCCGGGAUUUCUGUUCAUAUAGCUGACUUUAUAUGGGUAGAGAAUAAUAAUCGUAAUAGUAAUCACGUUAUGUGAAGCAACAUUCAUUGGAUUCAAACCGCGCAGUGUGAGUGUGACGCAAUGCUUUGGAUCACAGAAACGGCAUUAUUGUGACACGCUGACAUCAUUCACGCACACAAACGGCAAGUUGGGCAGCACAGUCGUCGUGCUCAUCGGUCGGCGUGCUGCCGUUGUGUGGCCUCAUUGUGUAGAAAAGCUUCCAACUAUGAUCUAACGCUCUCUUUGUGACCCGUCGUUUUCCGCCUGGCACCGCGGCGGAUGGCGAACGUGACGAGCUUGUGGCUCAUCAGCCUCGCUAGUCCUCGGCGGCGAGUCACCGUGACCGUUCCUCUGCCUGCUUCGCUUGCGUUGCUGCGAGAACUCAAAAUCCAUCAAGCACCUUCUUUUGAGUUUCAUCUGCCAAGCAGCUGGAGCACUUGAGCGAAGCGGUUGUCGCAGCAACCGAAAGGAUUCGUUAAUGCUGACUGGUUCAUCCGCUCAUAUGGUAAUCGUUUGCCAUGAAGCCCAAACAAGCCUCAGACCGACGUUGCAGGAUGGAACGCGAAUGGAUGGACGGUGACCCGUGACCCGUGAGCCGUGACCCGUGACCUUCACCUUUGUGAGCGACUACCUCAAUCUUGCACUGGCUGCCUGCAGCUUUUCCAAAGCACUUUGUCAAGGUGUUUUCAAAGGUGCUAUGCAAAUACAGUUCUUAUUUGUAGUCUUCUUCAACCUAGCUACAUUAGGGAUUAGGAUUAAGGUUAAGGAUCAAAAUUCUGAUUGUGUUUUUGCUGUCUUCAACAACCCACUGAUGUUUGUCAGGCCAUUUCUCUACUUGCUUUGGUUUUCCCUCGCAAGAACUCAAAAUGUUUCCAACUUUGAUUUUGAGUCCCCCCUGCCAAACGAUCCCUUGACUUUGAAGGAUCCACACGUUCACAGGGAGCUGAUUCACCACCGGGACCUCUGCUGCAGGACGGAGGGAGCGCGACACAUGACUCGACAUUGUGAGCGACUCGCUAAAUGUAGGAAAAGUUGAUGUUCAGAAUGAAAUUUGUGAACCUGUUUCUGAUUCCUUCGACUGCGCGCCCUUUCCGAGCUAUCGAGGCUUGCCGGGCACCAGCAGCAUGCCGGAAAUGCAGGUCUUCUACCAGCCCGGUCAGACUUUUCAUCAGCGUCCGAGCCCGUACCCGGACCUCCUCCGGCAGCGUUCCCCGGAGGAGCAGGUGGAGCUGUGGUGGUUCCGAGAGCCGCGUCAGUCCCUUCUGUGUUACUGCGCUUCGGUCGCCCUCAUAUUAGGUUUGGGCCUGGGCGGCGUGGCCUUCCUCUCCACCAGCGGCUCCAGCGUGUCCAGCGAGUGGCGCCUCGGGGUGGGCGCCACGCUGUGUCUCCUCUCCCUGGCGCUUCUGCUCAAGCAGCUUCUCAGCUCCGCCAUCCAAGACACCAACUGCGUGCGCAGCCGGCGGCGAAUCGACCAGCUGAAGAGCGGCGGACGGGCCGACCCGGCGCUCAUCCUGGUCGCGGGUCUGGCGGUCGCGCUGUGUGGGACGGUUUUACUAUGUGCGACCGCCGAUGACGGCGGGGACGUGCGGGUGUCCGGUCUGGUGAUGAUCGCCGCGGGACUCGCCAUGGCUCUGGCGGUUGUGGGAUACGCUGUGCUGGUCCACCUCAAGAGAAGAAGGGAGCACAGCAGGAGGAGGACGGGAGCCGGCUCCGUCCGGGUGUUCUGUGUCUCGGGAGGACAGGCCGACCGGGCCGGGGGAGAAACCGCCUCCAGCUGAGCAACUCUGGAAUAGAAAGUGGACUCGUGGAAUUGGAACACGUUAUUUUUCGUACUUCGGUUUGUUCUCGCUUGGAAUUUUUCUGAAUUUUCCCCGAAGAAAUAAUCGCAGUGCCGUUCAAUUAAUCUGUUGUGAUAAUGGUAGACAAUGUCAUGCAGACAGGGAUGAAACCAAUUAUUGUUUACCGAUAAACCGUAAGAAAAUUGCAAUGGAGUGAGUACUUUCGUUGUUGCUGUUUUUUGUACCACUAAUCGUUGUAAUAUGCCCUGUUUGAAAACAAAGCUCUUGGUACC